AUGGCACACGAAGAGCACAACAUCAACUGGAGCAUCCUAGCUGCUAAUCUCAUCCACCGCUCUCCCUCCUACCCCGCGGCAGACCUAGUCUCCAAUCUGUACUUUCGGUUCAAACCUACGCAAGGGCAGGAGAUCGGCUCCUUUAUCGAAUCCUUUGUGAGGACCCUCCAAAAACAUACGGAGGACGAGCGCCGGAAAUAUCCCGACCGAUACUCACCCUUCACGCCGGAAGAGCUGGUCCUGAGCAACCAGGUGGCGGAGCAAAUCCGCCCCCUCGCCCACCGAUGGUGCAAGGCCUACGACUGGCCGCUGGAGGAUAAGGUCCGGAAGACAGAAGGGCUGUGCCGACAUGUUGACAGCGAGAGCUUUGCCUGUGGGUGUUCCCUGCCCUACCACGAACGGAAGGGAGCCGCUUUCCAGCGGUCGUACCGUAACAACAGUUGCUACGGUUUUUAUGACGAAAACACCGAGGUGUUUUACAAUUUGCAGGUGCUGGACGCACUCCUUGUUUUGGGGGAGAUGGAUACGGUGCUGCGACUGUGCGCGACACCAGAUAACAAUCUGAAGGAAUCGAUGCUUGUGCGUCAUUGUCAAUGUAUGGCAGCGGAUCUUGGCUGGAACCAAGUCUUUGAAGGCGCUCUAAACAUCUACCUCCUUCUCAACAUCCUUUACUGCUUUCCCGAGCUCUGGGACCCUGCGUCCCGGCAAGCCCGAAACAAGAAACGGACCGACGAGUACCGCGCCACGCGGAUGUAUCAGCAGACUGUCAAGCUCUGGACCGACGACGGGUCGGAAAGCGACGUCUCGCGCCACCCUCACCGGCAAUUUUUCGGCCUGGAUGGCAAUUUCAGCUUCUCGUUAAAGAUCGCGCGCGGUUGGGAUCGGCCCGUCCUUGCCCAGCUGCGCGAGGAGCUGGCAACGGCCGGCUGGUGGUCGAAUAAAACGCCAGAACAGAUCUCGGAGCUUUCCGUAGAAUUCCCCUAUGGCAAACUGCCUUUCGAGGCGUUCUUGGCUUGCGGGAAGGGGGGAGCCGCCGGUGUCCAGCAUCAGACCCGAAGCGCCGUCGACGUGGCGCGGGUUGAAGCGUAUCUUCGGGCGAAGAGGUUGCCACAGGAGCUAGUUCUGCAGAUCACGGCCUGCACAGAGUAUGAUCGCUCGCGUUCGCGUUCGUGGCUCCCGGUGCCACAUGAUCCGCUUCAUCGACGGAACCGCAGGCAGCUACGGCGGCAUUUGGACCACUGCUGGCGGAUAAUGGUCCACUGCAAUAUGCUGGCGCGGGAACUGGGCACCAAAAUCGACUGGGAGUUACGGGUGGUCGAGGCGCUGGACCGCAUGGUGUCAAGUCCGGCGGGGAUGAAGCUAUAUGAACGUGAGGCGCACGAGUCGGGUGAAUCUUGGCAGACGACGCUGAGAGGAGGGAGUGGUGAACUUCCGUACAGUAUCCCGGACCUGGAUUAG